CAAAAAAAUUAUCUUUAUGAAACAAUUUUUUUUCUCAAACAUCUAUUUUGUGGAACGUAGGAAGUAACUAUUUACUUCUGGAUAUUUUAUUUAAGUAACAGAUUUGUUUACGGCUUAGUGAUGCAAUGAAUCUAUGGUUUGGUACACGAUGAUUCUUUUUUUUUUGUAGAACCAGAAAGUUCGAGCGUUCGGCCCUAAUCUUCCUAGGCGCGGAACUAGCCUUUGUUUGUACCUUUUAGCUUGGACCCUCUUCCCCGUCCAAGACUCAAAAAUUCAAAAAUAACUCAGACGAUGCUUAUGGUGAUUUAGGACUUCAAUGGUUUCGCGACGAUGGGAACCGGGUAUUGGUGACGGAGGCUUGAUUAGGGCAGACAAGGAUCAUGGAUAUAUGGAAUGGAGAUCUAUUUCAAAUCUCAGAGGUAUUGUGAUGGGGAUGGGAAAGAGGUUUUCAAAGGGAUUAAGGGAACAAAAUAUCAGAAAGGAUCAGACUUUGAUCAUCAUCAAGAUCAAAUCGCAAGGCUAUCAAGGUAGCUGGAGAGUUUGAUCGUACCAAACGGGGUGUAGCUGGUGAGUUUGGAUCAAGGUGCAAACUUUGUUUUAAGGAUUAUUGGAGUAAGGAGAGAGGCAGUGAGGGAUACAAAUGGGGAACCUAUGAUUUUGAAUCACUGGAACGAGAUCAAGCUAGGGGAGAACGAAGUCUGAAUGCUGUCUCUUUAAACACAUUCAGCUUCUUUAACAACAGGCUUUCUCUUCUGCUGCAACUAGAAUAUUGCUGGUUACUUGGGAAAGAGGCUGAUGUAGUACAAACACUGAUUAUUGGGAUUAUGAUCUUCAUGGUAUUGAGCAGGGUAGCGGGGAGCUUCACAGGUCGUAGGGUGAUCAACAUAAUAACAAGGAAUUCAAGUCAGAGAUCCUUGAUUCAAAGUCAUCAAACUUCAAGGAGCAGAGGUUUUUGGGAUGAGGUAUAUGGAUGGAGGGAGACAGAGAGUUCACGGUUUUCAAUUAUAGCAAAAAUAGCAAAUGAUUUGAGUGGUGUAACUGGUUUGUUUGUUAUUAUAUUGAUGGAGCUGUGGUGUCCUAUAGAGUUUGACUUAUUUCAAAGAUCACGUUUUGGGAUACGUGGUUGUUUGGAUUGGAGGUCAUGUGGUUUUAAUGUUCAGAUUAUUGUAAAGAUUCGUCUUUUCCUAAUUUUGUUGAUAGUAGCAAGGGCUAAUUUUUUUCCUUUGUGUCGGUUUAUUGUACGUUAUGUGUUCUCUGUAAAGAACGACAAUGGUAAAGUUUGGAAAAAUGAUUUUUUAAAGUUUUCUUGGAAUACAGUGCAAUGUUUCAGGACACAAAAGAAGGAUAUUAGGUGGAGUGUGAUAAGAGGGUACCAUUACACCCGCCGAUUUGGCUCUUCGGAGCAAAUGAAGAACAAAUUUUUUAUAUGAGGAUAUUAAGUUGGAAUUGCCGAGGAAUGGGCAGUAAGUGGACUAUAAGUUAUUUAAGCGAGAUAAGACAUAAACAUAAACCGGACUUUCUAUUUUUAUCAGAAACAAAGCAGGAGUCAGAGUUUGUCCAAAAGUUUCAGGCGCACUUUGGUUAUGAUAAUUUGGUCACAGUGGAUCCAGUGGGAAGAAGUGGGGGAUUGGCGCUUUUUUACAAUAAUGAGUAUCAAGUGAAAGUAUUAUAUUCUAGUAACCGAAUGAUUGAUGUGGAAGCAGAGGCUCUAGGCAAGAAGGUGUAUCUUACUUUUGUAUAUGGGGACCCAGUUCAAGAAAUGAGGGAACAAGUAUGGGAGCACUUAACUAGAUAUGGUCUAACGAGAUCCGAACCUUGGUUCAUUAUUGGUGAUCUAAAUGAGAUUCGUGGAAAUCAUGAAAAAGAAGGAGGAUCUAUAAGGAGUGCGAAUUCAUUUAUUCCUUUUAAUAAUAUGAUACGAAAUAGUAGUUUAUUGGAAUUUCCGGCUCGGGGAAAUAAAUUGUCAUGGCAAGGGAGAAGAGGAAAAGGGAAAGGAGCAGUGAUGGUCCGCUGUCGUUUAGAUCGCGCUUUAGCAAAUGAAGAGUGGCAUACGUUAUUUCCUUGCUCUUUUACAGAGUAUCUGGGGAUGGUGGCCUCUGAUCAUCGACCGGUAGUGGCUUAUCUGGACGACAAAGUUCCCAGGAGGAAAAGACAAUUUCGGUUCGAUAAGAGAUGGAUUGGACAAGAGGGCCUACUGGAUUCGAUUACAAUGGGUUGGGCAGACUCCAACGAAGGAGGAGUGGAAGGGAGAACAGGGGGUAUUGUGGAAAAAAUUAGCAAUUGUCGCCAUGAAAUUGCUAAAUGGCGGAAAAAUAAUCCACCUUAUGGGAAAGAAAAAAUAAAUGAGUUACAACAAGCACUGGAAGAAGUACAAACAGAUAAUACCAGGUCACAAGAGGAUAUUUUGGAGGUGUCUAGGAAAUUACAAGAGGCAUAUAAGGAUGAAGAAGACUACUGACAUCAAAAAAGUAGGAAUAUGUGGUACUCAUCUGGGGAUCUUAACACAAAAUUUUAUCACGCUUUAACUAAGCAAAGACGGGUUCGUAAUAGGAUUGUGGGUUUACAUGAUGUUGAUGGAAAUUGGAUUACCGAGGAUAAUGGUGUGGAAAAGGUGGCAAUAGAUUAUUUCGAAAAUCUUUUUAGUACAACGUCCCCAUCGGAAUUUGAUAGUUUUCUGGUAGAGGUUACACCUGGAAUUACUCCUCAGAUGAAUCAACGAUUAUUGAGGCUAGCGACAGAGGAGGAGGUUCGAGAGGCUUUGUUUAUGAUGCAUCCCGAAAAGGCACCAGGACCGGACGGCAUGACCGCCCUUUUUUUCCAACACUCCUGGCAUAUUAUUAAGAAUGAUUUGGUUGAAAUGGUCAACAAUUUUUUGGUUUCGGGAGAAAUGGAUGCAAGAUUAAAUAUUACUAAUAUUUGUAUGAUCCCAAAGACGGAGAGACCCACAAGGAUGACGGAGCUGCGACCAAUCAGUCUAUGUAAUGUCGGAUAUAAAAUUAUCUCUAAAGUUUUGUGCCAGCGGUUGAAAAUUUAUCUUCCCUUACUUAUAUCCGAAACUCAAUCGGCAUUCGU